AUGCUUCUUUUCUGCUGUUGUUUGCAGCAAAAAACCUGGGCUGAGCUGGUCUGGGAAUACUGGGAGCCAGGGUUAGAGUAUACCAAAUCUCUGGUCCUUAAAAGCAUACAUGGAAAACUCCAGAAACUCACAUUCAGACCGCCUUCAUCCAAGUUCUUCAGCACACCAUUUCCUCAGACCAUCCGUCUGAGCCCAGGAACAUCUUUCUCUCUUCCGGUUACUUUUCACCCUCUUGAGAAGUGUGAAUGUGUGGACGCAAUAGAGUUUGAGUGUAAAGAAGGCACAUUCCAGGUGUGUCUGCGAUCUGUGAUUCCCCACCAUGCACUGGAUGUUCCAGACACAGUGAUUCUUCCACCCUGUGCUGUUCAACACUGCUCCCAAACCAGCUUCCUCUUUCAGAAUUCCAGUAAGCUACAGACAGUAUUCAGGUGGUUUGUGGAUCCUCCGUUCCAGCUGUCUCCUGAAACUGGACAGCUAAAGCCUGGAGAAGAGCGCAGGGUUAUGGUAGAGUUUAGACCUCAGCAGGCUCUAGUGUACAAGGCUGAGGCCAGCUGUGCGUUUGGUACUGAUGGAGAGAGCAGAUGUGCUGUACUUCUGUGUGGGCUGUGUGAGUACCUACUGUAA